AGGAGUGAGGGCAUAGAGGAUUAUGAAUCCUAUAUGCGAGUUAUGUGUAGUAGUAAGAGCUGUGGUGUAUUGCAAGUGUGAUUCUGCGCGUCUCUGCUUGAAUUGUGAUGCUUAUGUACACUCCGCCAACGCUUUGGCACGCAGGCAUCCUCGUUCUCUGGUAUGUGACAAAUGCCAUUCCCAACCAGCGAUUGUCCACUGCAUGGAUGAUAAAAUCUCUCUGUGUCAGGGUUGUGAUUGUAAUCGAAAUGUCUGCCUGGGAUUGGGACACAGGCGUCUGAUGUUGCUUAGUUACUCAGGUUGUCCCUCUUUUGCUGAGAUGUCUAGGAUCUGGCCUUUUGCUUUUGACUCUGCCUCAGGUGGUUCAGCCCAUAGCUGGGGAUCGUUUAAUUCUUUGCCUAAGAACGGAAGCCAGUGUUUGGCGCAGCUAGAUGACAAUGAUGCAUCUUUCGGUGGCAGGUUGAGUGAACUUGAAUCAUGUGCAAAGUUUGAACCUAAGAUGGCUCAAUCUUCCAUUCAACCAAAUCCAAAUCUCAUGCCCUACUGCAGAGAUCAACCAGUUUUAUUUCCUCAAGGAUCUAACCUCCUGCCAAAGAUGCAGGGAUGUCACGAUACCAAGGAUAUUGGAAUUUCUGAGGCUGAUGACAUCUGUGAAAGUCUUAACAUGGAUAGUGUUCAAUUAAACUUUGACAGUGCUAAUGAAAUAUUUGAUUGCUCUCAAGAUGCUGCUGGUUACCAGCUUGAGGAUGGAGGAUUGGACUCUCUAUUAAUGGAGAAAAACGUAUCAGUCACAGAAUCUAAUGGCCUUAUUCAGAAUUCCAUGGAGGCAUCAUCAUCAGUCCAGCAAUGUUGUGUGGGUUUUCAAUCAUCAUCCAGGGAAGGUGGAUCAGGUUCUACGAUCCAGAGGAUGAACAACAAUGCUAACUGUGCACUCAUGGAUACUAGCUGCAACAGAAAAAUGAAUCUGGGAUUUCCUCAGGGUCAAGUUCAUUCAAGCAUACCACUUUCAUUACCCACCAUCAAUUGUGAUAGUGACACUACCACUACGGAUUUUCAGGAUUGUGCCACUUCUGAAUUCCAAGAUUGCGGCUUAUCACCAGCACUCUUGACCGUUGAUACACCAUGGGAAUCAAAAUUGGGGUCUGCAUGCCCACAAGCAAGGGAGAGAGCUAAAUUGAGAUACAAUGAGAAAAAGAAGACUCGAACGUUUAGUAAACAAAUAAGGUACGCGUCUCGCAAAGCAAGAGCUGAUACUAGAAAACGUGUAAAAGGUAGAUUUGUGAGAGCAGAAGAAGAAUAUGAUGAUGAUCCUCUUGAGACAGGGAACUAUUAA